AUGACCUCUUCAAACAAGGACCAGGAUUUGCAGCUAGAGGAACGGUUUCUCGGGAUCCUCGAGGAGCUCGUUCAAGAUGUCGAGCAGGUGCGAGCCACAACCACAACGAUGGGUGCACGGAUCGAGGCAUCGAUAGGAGGCUGCACCAGGAAAGAACCAGGCAAAGGGCUGUUGACGGAAGGUUCGACGACGUUGCUGGCCCAAGCAGAAAUAGAGCAUGAGUUGGCGCCGAGGCAAGUCACAAAGGCAAGUGAGAAGCAGUUGAAGGCUGCGAUGACAAUCAAUGGGGAUACCUCGACCGUAGCCGCGCCGAAGGAAGAAAUUGCUCCGAAGAAGAAGAAGACUCGACGAGGGAGACACAGCUAUAGGUGUCAAAACAUGACCCGACCCGAGUAA